CGCUCGAUUAUCGUCAAAUCUACGAACAACAACUUUGGUUAACGCAAUGGACACCACGGACCAAUCUGUUUCGUACCUCGACAGCAUGUCCGGUAGCGACGAGGCGUACCCCUUUGACGACGAUGAUUUGUUAGGCGAGGUCGACGGCAGUGACUACAGUGAUUCCUUCUCCGGGUCAGAAUUCGUCGAGUGUACUGAAAUCAGCGUCGGAGGCGAUGCUACCUAUUGCAUCGAAGGCCUCCCGUGCAGCGGCGACGGCGAGAAGCCUACUGGGUAUUACUGUCCAUUGAAGGGUGAUGUCGCCGUUGCUGAUUGUCUUGACGAUAUGCCGAGCUAUCUGAACGGCGAAUGCGUCGCUCCGCGUGAUAGUGUUUGCCACAAACUUGACACUGAAUCGUGGGGCUGCGUAUGGGACGAAACGAAGGAAUCAACACUAAACGUGGGCUCUAAGCCAACUCCUUCACCAACUGAUACCACUGAAGACCUAUUAAUUGUGACCCCCUCCCCGACCGAGACAAUGGACUACCAGGAUUCGGCGACUCCUGCGCCUACCGAAUCAACGACUGACCAGGACGACUGCACCGAGGUGAGUGUUGAAGGUGACGCCACCUACUGCCUCUCAGUUGCCAUUUGCAGUGGAGAUGGAGAUGAACCUGUAGGCGAGGGUUGUCCUUUGUCGGGCGACGUGGCAGUCGGUGAUUGCCACGACUAUCUCCCGAGCUAUGAUAUGGGUAAGUGCGUGGCCCCUAAGGACAGUGUGUGCAAGAAGAUCGAGUCGGGCGCCUGGGGGUGCGUGUGGGGCAGUCCCGACACAGCGUCAUCGUAUACUAUUGAGACGGCCAAUGCGAGUGCAGCAGACACCGCUGUAAGCAACGCCGCGCCCGUAGCCGGCAUCGUUGCCGCUGUCGCGAUCGCGGGUGUGAUCGUCAGUGUCGCUGUUGUUUGGUCUCGUCACAAACGUCACAAUCGGCGCAGACGCCACGCAGACGUCCAGAUGGACGCCAUUCUCACGCCGCCGAGCUCGACACGCAACGCGAACUUCCACCGCGUGUAG